AUGAAAGAGGAGGAGAAGCAACAGAGCCUUGUUGGGAGCCUCGUCUCAGGAGGAUUGUCCUGUGGAGUCCAGGUAAAGUUUGCAUGUAGACUCAUCCUUUCCUUAGUCAAGGAAUAAUUUGUGUCUUCCAUAGCUAAUGACAUAGCUGAUUACACGACAUAACAAACCAUCUCAAAAUUUGAAUGUGGCAAAUAGACCAGAAGAGAAAUCCAGGCAGAAGAAAGUAGACGCUAUCUGAAAAAAGCUCAGUCUUACUUAACUGAAUGUUCAUAAAAGCUGAGAGUUGUAAGCAGUGCAAGAUGAGUUUCUUGAAAGAAGGAAGUAAAUAACUGUAAUUGUUUCUGUGUGGAUAUUCUGUGUGUGACAAUAUAAGCCUCUGAAAGGUACAGAUUACCUAUAUAGUUAUUAUGUACUGUUGAUGCACAACUGCACAGACCCAAGGUCAUCCUAUUUUCUUCAUUUUAUUCUUAUUUUAUUCGUUCCAAGACAACUUCCCACUUUUAGUGUAGACCCCCAUCUAUCUAUCAUCUAUCUAUCUAUCUAUCUAUCUAUCUAUCUAUCUAUCUAUCAUCUAUCUAUCUAUCUAUCAUCUAUCUACCUAUCUAUAGUGAAUAAUGGGCAAAUUGUACCUAGAGGAGAAUCUAUCUAGAUCUUAUAUCUUCUUCUUUUAUAACCAUUGCAUUUUCUCUAAUGCAAUGUAACUCAUUUUCAAAAUCUUUUUUUUAAAAAACAAAACCCAAUAAAACUCUGCAAAUGAAAGCCAACUAAGAGACAGUUAAUGUAGCAGGAAGCCUGAAAGGCAUAUUUAUCUCUCUUGAUCAUUGAAAAUGAAAGCCUGAUAUGCUUAGCAUAGUAAUCAGAGAAUAAGCAAUGAAGCAUAUAAUUUUAUUGCAUCAAAUUCUAUGGGCAAAAUUGGGCAAAAGAGUUUUAAAGACCAAGGCACAAAAGGUAUCUCCAGCUUUGUUUAAAAUCUCUAUAGCUACAAUUUUUCAUGCACAAAUUUCACUUCAUAUUUUGAGUAGAAACAUAUGUCUUUAUUAAAUCUAUCAAUUCAGCAAAUUCUUAAUUUGCUAUCAGAUCUGAAUUAUUAUGUGCAAUAUUAUUUAGCAAGUUGUGUGACACAAAUUCAUUUUCCCCUUCGUUCUAAGGACUCUACUAAUAGCAUGUAAUUCAUAUAUGGACCAAAUUACCUGAGUUCAAUGAGACUUCUUGCCUGAUCCUGAGACUUUCUGCAUGAGCAUGUCAGUCCUGAAGAUGAUGCAUUUUAACUACUUAUAGCAGCAUAACAGCAUAAGGUUUGGUAAGCUAAUGGCAUGGUAAGCCAUUGUUACCCAGUAAUCACAGAUACAUUUAUUUUUGUAUUUACUAUCAGUGUACCAAUAAUUUAAACUAGUAGUCUGCAUUAGGAUACCGUAUUCCAGCACAAUAAUGUAAAGUAAUAGGGGGCUGAAGAUUUUCCAGAGGAAAAAAAACUAUUGCCACUUUCAACUUUCUUCAGUUAGUCUGGAUGGAAGUGUUUAACCAGGGCAUUGCUUAAAAAAAAAAGUGCAGAAGCAGCCUGUGUUUUAACAGCAGAAGCAAUUGAAUAUGCUACUUAUAAUCACAUCUCUCCUAAUUCAAACACAAUUUUUAAAUCAGUGGAAAAACCUGGAAAUGUGUGUCAAGCUCUCCUGUUUUGCUCAAAAUUGUAUGAGAGCAGUUUACAAAUAUCUGAGCAACUGAAAACUAGUUAAAGGUCUUUAACCUUCCUUAGCAACACUCCCACUAUUCCUGGCCCAGUAUUGUUUUACUCAAUAGAUGCAGUCAAAAGCAAGCAAAAGCAGACCUCACUUCCUCACAUUCUUGUGUUAAGUACAGCAUGUUCUCAUCAGGCUGCAGGAGAUAGCAGCCUCUCGGAAAUGAAGGCCAUAUUUGGCAAUGGGACAGAAUAACCUUGAAUAUCUGCAGCUGUAUUGGGGGGAGAGUAAGAGUUCUGUGGUGAUGAAAACUGAGGGGGUGAACAUUUCCCCUUUGCCGUAAGGAUUUAAGACAGAUGCACAUAAAAUCUCUCUUUGCUAUGUCUCUGCUUAUCUCUGUCAUAUGUAGGAAUAAAAUAUAUUGGAAAUAGAAUACCUUGGGGAGAAAUGUUGAAAGCAAAUAGGGAAGAGAAAAUUGGGGAGGAAUCUGAAGCUGGGAACUGACAUAUUUGCGCAUUAUUUGGCUGCAGAGUGUAGAAUCCUGGUGACCUGAGAGCAUCACACACGUCUAGUUGCAGCAGAUGUUGUUGUUUUUUAUCACAUGGAAGAGGAAUGUCAUGUGAGGAGAGGGGGUGAGAAAUGAGGAUAUAGGAUAGGAAUGACAAAUUCCCCAUACAUUCUUUAGGGAUGGUGGGAUUCAUGACUAAAAGAGAUGGAGAGAUUCAUGUUGGUGGUUACACCUGUUUGUUUGUAUUUUUCAAAUAGCAUUUGCUUAUUGAAAACUUUUCUGUCCCACUUUUCCUUCAAAUGGUCCUCAGCAGGAGACAACAUUAAAAACAUCAAUAAAAAGGAAAACAAUUAAGUAGAAAUAAUAUGGACAGCAAGAGAGCAAGAAAAAAUGGCAACAGCUCAGCAGACGUAAGGGGCAUUAUUCCAUCCUCAAAUCUUCCUUUAAAUUGUCUGACAAAACCCAAGUGGUAAAUUUGACAGGCAGGCCUCUCUAUGGAGGGCAUUCCAAAAUUUGGAUAAAGGGAGGGAUAUAAAUCAAAUAAUAAUAAAUAAUAACAGUUAUGUCCUGUGGUCAGGAAAGCCCUCUUGUCUGAAACCCAUCAUAUUUCAGACAACCAGUGAGACUUCACUUCUUUGGGUUAUGGAUGGAGCCUGGUAGAAUCUGGUAUGUCAUUUGUUGAGCCAUGUUUGAAUUUGGUGGACCAAAGCAAGACUAGGCAGAACUUGGCAGGUUUGGCGCAUAGAAAUAUCUGCUGGAUCAUUGAUGGAGCCUGAUGGUGCCAGAGGUGGAGAUUUCAAAGAAUUGAAAGGACAACACGAGGCUUUUGGGUAAAGGAAAGAAUCAAAUUCUUUCUCAGAGGCCCAUACUAGUUGCGAUGUUGGUAGAUAGGACAAUGUCUCAACAUAAAACUUCCCCAAUCAAGUAGGAAGAAAGAACAUAAAAACAUAAGAGGAGGCUGCUGGAUCAGGCCAAUGGCCAAUCUAGUCCAGCAUCCUGUUUUCACCGUGGUCAACCAGAUGCCUCUGGGAAACAAGAGCACCUUCCCCGCCUGUGUUUUCCAGCAACUGGUAUUCAGAAGCAUUACUGCCUUCAACCGUGGAGCCAGAGUAUAGCCGUCAUGACUAGUCACCGUUGAUAGUCUCACCCUCCAUGAAUUUGUCCAAUCCUCUUUCAAAGCCCUCCAAGCUGGUGGCUGUCCUGUGGAAGUGAGUUCCAUAGUUUACCUAGGGGUGGAUUUGUUGAUCCAAGGAGCCUAUGUGAAGAGUUCAGACUCAUUCCCCCUCUGCCCCCUACCUUCCUGCUGCCCCACGUGCUUUGCUCUCAGAAUUAGCGCUUUUGGCAUAGCAACUCAACACAGCAUGGAGGCAUACUGUAUGGAGGUCAGCUUUGGGCAGGAGGAGGAGGUCAAUGCUGACCUCACCUUUCAAUGCGAUGGCACCAGAUCCAUAUUUCAUCUCACAGAUCUACUGCCAUUGUGUCUAGCUUGGCCCAUAUUUUAACACCAUUUCAUUUCGUCAGACAUGGAAUGAAUGCUGACCAGCACUGCAGCCGUGUUUUGUUUUGUUCUGUUUCAACACAAGCGCAGGGCUUGAUUCAAACUUUGGCAGAGCUAAUGAGAAUCCUUCCAGCAAGAUUUGGCUCAAGAAGUCCUCCCACAGGAUAUGUUCUCACGUGGACUUGCUUCGGCAGUCAGCCCUUCUCCUGAGCCAACUGGAUUAACUAGCUUCCAUGGAAUGGCUUGAAGGAGAAGAAGAAGUAAUUAUCACUUAUGUCAGUGAGAAAUUCUAAUAUAGUGGCAGCGAAAUCAUUUGUUUUCCAAUAGGCACUGCAUUAAUAAAAUACAUGCUUGUAGAUGAGGCAAGAUUGGUUGAGAAUCAAGGGAAAUGAAGUCAGUGUUUUUGUGAAUUUUUAUUCUUUUUUCUUUGGUCACCUUUGGAGAUGCCAUGGUAUCUGGGUUGGCAACCCCCACGCUAAUCCCUUAUUUGCACAGUCCCUAUAUAUGUACAAACUCUACAUACUCCAAAGUCUAUGGCUGUGUACACACUAUACCUUUAAAGCACAUUCAAAACAUGUGAUUCCCCUCAAAGAAUUCUGGGCACUGUAGUUUAUUAAGGGUUGCUGGGAACUGUAACUCACAUGAGGGCUAAACUGCAAUGCCCAGAACUCUUUGAGGGGAAGCAUGUGCUUUAAAGAUACUGUGUUUAUGCGUCCUAUACACAUAGUUGAGAACAUUGCUAUGGAGUCAUAGCAUGAGACCACACACCCACUUGCAUGCUUAUGACUGAGGCACUUCCCUCAGCUGUGACAUCUUGAAAUUAACCUUCAGUGCUGUUUUUAGGCUGAUUCUGCUGGGUUUAAUUAAAAACAAACCAACAAACCCAAACAUUUUUUCACUGAUACAGUUGUGAUUGUUUUGAAACUAUGGUGGCCACUCCAGGAUUCUUUGGACUGAGAGUAGGCUGUUAAAUGUUCCUGCUAAAGAAAGAAACAAACAACUGCACCCGAAGACGCUUGGUUGGCAAGCUCCAUCGAAAGAGACACCCAGGAUGGGGAAAGAGGAUCAAAAUGGGCAGGGGUGGUGAGAGGAGAGCUGGGAGGGGUAAGAGAUUGUAAAGUGUAGAUGAGAUGCAGAGAACAAAACACUGGACUGUCCUGCUGGCUGGAUCUAGAGGCACAGAUUCUAGAGGCACAGAUUCUGAGGGAGCUUGGGUUGGGGCCAGAGCCCUUUGUCGAGCCCAGAGCAUGGGGUAGAAAGGGGGAAGAGAACUGUAAGCUCAACAGAAAGCCAAAAGAAGAAGAAGAAGAGGAGGAGGAGGAGUUUGGAUUUGAUAUCCCGCUUUAUCACUACCCGAAGGAGUCUCAAAGCGGCUAACAUUCUCCUUUCCCUUCCUCCCCCACAACAAACACUCUGUAAGGUGAGUGGGGCUGAGAGACUUCAGAGAAGUUUGACUGGCACAAGGUCACCCAGCAGCUGCAGGUGGAGGAGCGGGGACGUGAACCCGGUUCACCAGAUUAGGAGUCUACCACUCUUAACCACUACACCACACUGGCUCUCAUGCAUUUGCAUGGAACAUGUGUUUGCCUCCCUGUCUGGGGCAUAGGGAAACCUGUGACCUGAUAAUGUCAAGGUGACCUGGCUUUUGAAGGGAUUCCAGUCACACGGGGAAAUUUGUUCACCUUUCACAGUGUCAGGAAAUACACACACCCUCCCGCAGGUCAGGGCAUAGACUGGAGUCAUGCAGAGAAGGUGUGGCUCAGUGGCAGAGCACAUGCUUUGUUUGCAGAAGGUCCAGGUUUAACCUCUGAUAUCUCCUGAAACCCUGGACAGCUGCUGCCAGUCGACAAUACCAAGAUAGAUGGGUGACGCUCCAGCUUGGUAUAAGGUAGGUUAGAGCCUAUGUCUCUAAUGCCCCUUGAGGGACAGCCUGAGGCUACCAUCCUUGGUGACACCCUGACCCUCAAAAGCUGUGACACUGAGAGGUCCAAUGCACCCUGAUGGGGCCCUUCCCCAAUAUCUGGUCCAGCAUCACAGUAGGGGCAGAGGUGGUGACAGAUUCAUGCCAAAAGCCCAGACCUGAGAUGAGAAUGUCUGCUCAACAGCCCAAGGUUUGCUGCCCCUCAGCUUUACUUCGGAGGAAGAGGCAAGCAUUAAUUUCCCCAGGAGAGUGAGGAAAAUCCUCAGGGAUGAUUCACACCCUGGCCGGCACUUUCUUGAUCUCCUGCCCUCAGGCAGAAGAUAUAGAAGCAUGAUUAGUCACACCAACAGGGUAAAGAAUAGCUUCUAUCCAUGGGCUGUUAGGCUGCUGAAUGAAAAGAUAACAACAGGGCAACUGACUUUUGGGUUUGGUGGGUGUCUGUCAGUAAACGAGGGGAAUUAAGACUAAGAGAGCUGAGAGGGGGGUGCUUGUGUAAUCUCACUGUAUACAAGUUGUACAAUAAAGUAUUUCAAUGUGUAUUUACUUUGGAGGAAGAGGCAAGCCUUAAAAUGAAACCCCUUCAUCUCUGCCUCUUAGCUGCUGUUGCAACUAAGAAGUCCCACAUAUAAUCUUGCCUAGCCCAACUCUGGCUUCUGCUGGACAGCUCCCCAACUGGUCCAGGCCACUGGAGCAGUCCAUGCUCUGACUGUUGGAAGUCACUGCCCUGCUCUGGGUUGAUAGAAAUGGACACAAGCUCUGCUUGUCUGAAGGACAAAUAACAAAAGAGUUCAGCCACCACAAGCGAUAAGGGGUCUGUCACACUACCUUCAGCUGUCUGAAAACAUAAGCACAACCAAAACAAUUGUCCCCAGUCUUAAAUUAUAAACAGUAGGCACAGGGAAAUGGCAUUGUUUUAUAAACAAUACUGUUGUCUCGCCAGCGGUAAAUAAUGUUACACGUCAAAAUCAAUAGGAAUUCAAAGGAUGAUAAUAUGGGAAAUGGAGGAGGUACGGGUCUCAGGAGACCCAGAAAAUGCAACAUCUGGGAUUUGUGUUUGAAAUUUUACAGUUUAUGUUUUAUAGAACCUGUGAUCAAGAAGGUCAGGUUUUGGAUCCCCAGAUGUGAGGGGAUUUAUUGCUGCCUUUCAUAUCCUAAACGAAGCAAGAUCAAAGUCACCUCGUCUCAUAGGACCGAAGCUGCCAAAAAGCGGGUGCAUCCUCCUCUUUGGUCUAUUUGACCUCAGAGAUUUGUGCUGCCGUUUCAGCCUUUUGAUAUUACAUACUUUGGUCCUUCUCUGCUGGGAAUGGCUGAUCAGACAUUUUCAUUACGGAAUUCAUUUUAAAAGGAAAGACUGUUUAUUUGGAGGGGGGAAAGGGGGAGAGAUUAAUUAUUAAUAAGAAUUUAUAGAGAAAGUCAGUGAGAAUAUUAUUACCAGUGAAAUAUGGUACGGCUGGUACUUCAGGAAAAAAAAUCUCCAGCAAAUCAUAGAGAGUAAAAGUGUGUGUGUGUGUGUGUGUGUGUGAGAGAGAGAGAGAGAGAGAGAGAAAGAAAGAAAGAAAGAAAGAGUCGUAAGCAGGUUCCAAGUAUUUAGAGAAGAUAUUCUUGCAUAUUUUAUUUAAACAGUUUAAUAAUGCAGCCCUAUCCAUGUUUACAUUGCUGUUUUAAAUACUGUGAUAUUGCCGCCACCAAUUUUCAGUAUCAGUCCUCAGGUUAACGUUGACUAUAUCCGUAUAUCAUCUUGGCCUUAAAGCAACUUACCUGAAAGAGGGGCACAUAUGCAUGAGGCUCCUUCCUGCUUUUGGCCUGAAGUUCUAGAACUGAACUAUACAUAUGGAAGAAUUUUGUUGUUGGGUGGGUGGAACUGGUCCAAAAACCCCACACCAACAUCCCAUUUUGAAAUGUGUGCAGCUUGCGUGCCUUAAUUUGUAGAAUAGCAGGCCACGGGGUUCAAGCCUACCUGAAAACCAGGCAUUUGGGACAGUAAGUUUAGGAGAAGGAGGGGGGUAAUUAUGAUGGUGAUAAUUGUGAACUGCCCUUCAACAAGAAUUCUCAGACUGGUAAGCAGUCUACAGUAAAACACAAAUAAAAACAUCAACAACAAAAACCACCGUUAUUGUAAUUAUCAUAAAUAUAGCUGGUCGCAGCACAGAACAUAGUCAUAAAGUGAUGGAGGAGGCAUCUCAUUAACCUGUGCAGGCCAGGUGGAACGGAUACAUCUUCAGUUGGUGGUGAAAAGACUACUUUUCCCAUUAGUCCUGAGCCACACUGGCUGGGGAUGAUGGGAGUUGGUGUCCAACAAUGUCUGCAUGGUCGUGGGAUUCCCAUCUCUGGUGUAGACUGACGGUGCAAUUCUAUCCACAUGUACUUGAGCUCAGUGGGUCUUAUGUCUAAAAAUAUACAUAUGGGGUAGAAUUGCAUGGAUGGAAAAGGAUGCCACACUGCGGUGGCAGAGGUGGUGUUGUCCAUUUGGUAAUGUAAAACCUGUUUAUUUGAAAUUGUAAAACUUAAAACAUUUGAAAGGGAGGAGGGACUGCAAAACUAAGAUUGAAAAAUUGAACUCAGCUAGACUUCUUUUUGAACAGCCAUAGGAUCGGAGUCUUUUUUUGUGUGCAUCAUUUUAAUCUUAGCAGUGUUAACCUAACAAUGAUUAACACACAUAAAACAAGAAGGAAACUAUAUUUCAUUAAAUAUGGAAAUGAACUCAGAUUUAUUCGUAUUUGAACCAACUCCGACUAAUUCCUAAGGGUACCAAGUGGCUGGGUUGGAGCUGUUCCCAGGCUGUUAGGAGAUGAAGGUCAUACUUCAAUGGAAGGGUAAUUGAAUUUUCUCAGGGGUUUAUCAUAAGACCAAGCAGCUGAAAUACAUGAAUUCUGUGUCUCUGCCAUUUUUUUUAUUAGUUUGUCAGUCAUUUCUCAAACGAGAAACUAUGCAAUUCUGAUUAAUCAUGAUAUAAACCUUAUGGAUGAUGGCCAGCAAUACUGACUUAGCCCUCUCAAGGCAAUAACAAAAUCCUCCCCAGUUUAAUGAAAAGCAAAUUAGCACAACACCUGACCAACUCGAGGAAGGCUGUGGUCAAACAUCCAUUUGUAAAGCAAAAUGGGGCACACAGUGAAUCAGUCAUAGGACUGUUUUCCCAUAGGCCCAGCCUCUGCUUGUAUUACCUCAACUCCUUUCAUUCCCUUUUGUGUGAAUCAGACCUGACGGUGUCUAGUUUGCGUACAGCCAGUGGCCUAACAUCAGGGGGGCCACAGGGGAAAUUGCCCCAGGCACAAAACUGUUAGGAGUGCAAAAUUUGGUAGAUACGUGUUGUGAAUGUGGCCAUAAAAUAAACCCUUCAGACCUGCAACAAAAUCUUGCAGCAUAGAGCCACAGGAUUCCAGCCACUUCAUUCUAUUCUCCCUUUCCCUGAUUUUCUGACACCCCCCCCACCUCUCUAUAAGCAUUCAACAAAUAUGGAACACUCAGUCCUCACUGGGCUGUUCUAAGGUCUCCCUUUGUCCCCGUCCCCCCCGCCCCCGUUGAUUUGUACUUCUGCAAACCUUGGUUGCGCCCCAGGCCUACAGCUGCUAUCUCCUUGUAUGCCGCUGGUGCUGUUUUGGUGACAUACACAAUGACACUCAAGAGUCUGAACACUGGAAGUAGAAUGAAAUGCUAAGAGGCUUUGUUUUUAUUGGAUCAUUUUUUGUUGGAGAGAGUCAGGCCAAGCAAGUGAACUUCAGACUCCUUUAUUUUCCAUUUAAAGGUUGUUUAUACGCAGAACGCCGUAUCAGAAAAACAGAUAAUACGGGGGGGGGGGGGCGGGGAUAUGGUGGUUGUUUUUUCUUCAGCCAAUAGACACUUGUAGAUGGAUUAAUCCAAUAUGUAAGUUUCCAGUUAACAAAUAAACAGUUUCGCUGUGAUGAACUGACAGAUUAAUCCAAAAACCCUCAUCAUAUCAAUAAAACAUGGCUUUCCACUUGACGGUUAGGAUUUAAAUUGUUCCAGGAUAAAAUGAAUUGUAGCUGUAUCUUCUCAGAAGACAUGUCAAGCAUUCUCCGUUUCGUACAUUUGUCUUUAAAAAGAAUUCAGUCUAUUCAUUUCUGUUGUAAACAAGUAUGUAUUUAGCCAAGCUUGAAUUAAAGGGGAAGCCUUAUUUCUCCAAGUCUUUCAACGAUACGGCGCUUGCCAGCCACUUCCUCCUUUCUCUGUCGUAAGAACAUUUUUAAGACUCAACAGAGUCAACGGCAUUGUCGGCUUUAUGCCAAUUCAUCUAAUAACCUUGAUCCGAUAGGAUCUAAUUUUCUGGCAUUUUCAUGAAGUCUAGGCAAGGAACACAGGAAGCAGAUUAUACUGAGUACACCUUGCUCAGGACUGUUUACACGGACUGGCGGCAGCUCUCCAGGAUUUCAUACAGCAGUUGGCAAGGCAGUGGGGCAGCUCACCUGGCCUAACGUCACCAGCAUUGGGAGUGGCAAGGCCAGUACCAGCCUCACUGGUGCCUCUCCCUCUCUCCCUCCCACCAAGCAGCAGCAAAAUGGGGGGCAGGAGGGCAGGGGAGCACUCUACCCCAGUGACCGCCACUGAGCAGGAGACAUUCCCAGCCCUAUUUGGUGGGGUGUCAUGGAUUAAACCUUGAGUUUUCUACUUACAAGGCAGGUGCUACUGGCCCUUCUCUAAUUAUUAUUAUUACUAUUAUUAUUAUUAUUAUUAUUAUUAUUAUUAAAUUAAUUUCUAUACUGCCCUAUACCAGAAGGUCUCAGGGCGGUUCACAUAAAAUAUCAAAUACAUAAAAUCAAAACAAAAACAACAAUCCAAUUUAAAAAAAAAAAAACAAACCGCAAAGAGCCAGCAUUUUAAAAAGGGUAUAGGAUGUCGAUCAAGUCAGGCAAAGGCCUGGUUAAAAAGGAAUGUUUUUGCCUGGCACCUAAAGGUGUAUAGUGAAGGCACCAGGCGAACUUCCUUGGGGUGAUAAAAUUAAGGCCCAAGUAAAUGCCAUGUUAAUUGGAGGAAUGCAUGCUUUUUGAAAGGGAAGCCUGCUAAUAUUAUUUAUUUAUUUAUUUAUUUAUUUAUUUAUUUAUUUAUUUAUUUAAUCCCACCAUCUGGCUGGGUUUCCCCAGCCACUCUGGGCGGCUCCCAACAGAAGAUUAAUAAUAAUAAUAAUAAUAAUAAUAAUAAUAAUAAUAAUGUGAUAAAACAUCAAACAUUAAAAACUUCCCUAAACAGGGCUACCUUCAGAAAGUCAGAUAGUUGUUUAUUUCCUUGACAUCUGAUGGGAGGGUGUUCCAGAGGGUGGGCCCCCCUCCAGACUGGGAGAAGUGGGGACGGCUAAUUUAACUCAUCCAUGACUUAAAGCUACUAUUUGCAUGCUAGUGGAGGCUUCCCCCAAAAUGGCAAGGAUCCCUUUUGGUGAGGUCGUUUCCAUCCGACCUUGGCAGGGAGAGAUGCAGUUAAACUUCCCCUCCCCAUCCCACACAGUCCCCAGGCAGCUCAGGAUUUCCUUCCAUUACUAUUUACACAACAACAAGUGCACUGUUUCUUUGGCCCUCUGGGGAUCCUCCCUCCUUGCAACACCAGCAAGCAGAUGUGUCAUUCUGAAAUUCAUAUUGCAAUGAAGUUGGAGAGAAGUGCCCGUUAAACUCCUGUUAAACUCAUCAUGCUAAUCCUAACAGAUUUAGCAUGUUAGCACAUGUUUGUUGUUCGGUGGUAAUACAGUGGUGCCUCGGGUUAAGAACUUAAUUUUUUCUGGAGGUCCGUUCUUAACCUGAAACUGUUCUUAACCUGAAGCACCACUUUAGCUAAUGGGGCCUCCCGCUGCCGCUGUGCCGCCGCCACGCGAUUUCUGUUCUCAUCCUGAAGUAAAGUUCUUAACCCGAGGUACUAUUUCUGGGUUAGUGGAGUCUGUAACCUGAAGCGUCUGUAACCCGAGGUACCACUGUACUGCCAAUUAGAACCUUUUUCUCACUGGGCUGCACACUUUGCUGCCCCAGUCCAGCAAGGGAGAUCUGUGUGGCAAAGUAGACUCUGACAUACAGAAGGUGCUAACAUAGGAAACUAACUUCAUGCUUGUCUUGCUAGCCCAGGACUAACUGCUCUAAGAGGCAGCAGCACUCCAGGGUCACAAGGUAGGAGUCUUCCCUGGCCCUGUUAUUAGAGACCCCUUUUAACUGGAGAUGCAAGCGAUGUAAGGGGCCUUUCUACAUACAAGCAUGUGGUCUGCCAUUGAGCUACAGCCCCUUGUUCCGAUUCAACAGUAGCCAGCAGGUUUUCCCAGGGACAGUGGGGAGUCUGAAAAAGACUGUGGCGGUUCCCUCCCUGUGAGAAGCGAGGUUACAGGGAACCAGGCAGAGGGCCUUCUCAGUGGUGGCACCCACCCUGUGGAACACCCUCCCACCAGAUGUCAAGGAAAUAAACUACUAUCUGACUUUUAGAGGACAUCUGAGGGCAGCCAGGUUUAGGGAAGUUUGGUGUUCUAUUGUGCUUUUAAUUCUAUUGGGAGCCACCCAGAGUGGCUGGGGAAACCCAGCCACAUGGGCGGGGUAUAAGUAACAAUUAUUAUUAUUAUUAUUAUUAUUAUUAUUAUUAUUAUUAUUAUCAUUAUCAUCAUCAUCAUCAUCAUGGGACAAACAAAAGUGUGGAUGAGCGCUUAGGUUUGUGCAACUGAAGCAGAUUAAAGCACUCUGUCGCUCUAGUACAACAAAUCCACUUUAAAAAAAGAAUUAGACUUCUCACACUUUAGAAACUGAUAAGGAAAUGCGCUGAAAAGUGUGGAAUGAACCAUGAUUAACAGGACAAAAUAUAAGCAGCCCACAAGCAAAUCAGGACGAGUGUAAGUUAGAUACAUAUAGUCAUAUAAUCUCCUGGCAAAAAUGUCAGAAUGAAUGCUCAAUAAAGACCAGAUAGGAUCUAACCUCUAUGUAAACUUUAUGCAAGCAAAUCAGGAUGAAUGCUCAAUAGAUUGCCUAGACUCCAUUACAGUCUUUUGGGGCCUGUGAGUGAUGCACAUCAUUCAAAGGCUUCUUUCCUUUCACUGUCAACCCUAUGUGAGGGCUGUUUUGAAUAUGCAGAAACAGCACAUGCCACAGUCCUGCCUGGACAGCAGCACUUCAGACUGUAUAGGAAGGACUGAAGGCUUGAAUGCUCCCCUGCUUUUCUGCACAUAGAAAACUAGCUUGUCAAGGAUAAGGCUUUUUUCUGACUGGCUACUUUUCUAGAGAUGGGGAGUGUACAUGGAAGGACCAUAGCUCAGAGCUAGAGCAUCUGCCUUGCAUGCAGAAGGUCCCACAGUCAAUCCCCAGCAUCUUCAAGUGAGGUGGGGAGAGACCACUGUCUGAAAUCCUGGAGUGCUGCAGCCAGUCACAAUAGAAAGUACUGGGCUAGAUGGACCAAUGGGCUGGCUUGGUAUAAGGCAAGUUCCUAUGUUCCUUCGGAGAGCUGUUCAACACAUGCCUUCCUCACCUGGUGCUGUAUAUAGUGAUAUAGCCUAGUGAGGGCUGUACCAUGUGUUAUUUUGGCACAUUCAAACUGAUUCUGAAAGAACAGGAAAUCAAAGUAGGUUUUAUCCUUUUCUUACAACAGGAACACAAAGAUGAAAGCUCUGGUUGUGCCCAUUGUUGGCACCCUGACACUUCUCCUUUUCUUCCACCUCCUGCCCAGCAGCAGCUGUCAGAAGGCAUUUCAGAAUCACAUUCAGGAGUGGAAUUACAGAGAAGGAGGUAAGAGGUGCUAGCAAGCCAAGGCAGAGGCAGGAGUCAUUUGUAAGCUCCUUGAAGGCAGGGGCCUGUCCACUUUUAGUUUUCUAACUCUGCAAGGUGCCCAUGCGCACUGAUAACACCGUCUUAAUAUGAAGAAGAACGUUUCUGAUAAAGGCUUGUGUGAAUUCUAGUUUCCUGCCCAGUCUUGAGUUCCUCACCAGUAGGGUUGCCAUAUUUCAAAAAGUGAAAAUCCACACACAAAAGUUGUUGAGCUUUUUCCCAGACAUUUCAGCCCUGACAUAUGUUUCUGACAACCGAAUCUUGGUUAUUAUGGAUGUAUGGCAACCCUUCACACUACAGGAAGCCAAAUAUACAAUGCUACAGUAUUUGUGUACAUGCAGGUAUUGGGAGCUGAAGUGCCACCUGGUGACUGAGAAUGAGUCUUAGUACUAUGGUUUUGCCUAAAGGAAGGGUGGGGGGUCUCAACACCUGUCCUGCAGAAGAAGUACAGUCACAUGCUUCCACCACAGAAUUUUAUCUUUGGAUGAAUGCGCUUACUACCCCAGAUAGUGUAUCAGUUGCAAUUAUUAUUUGUGGGAUGUGAUUGCACAAGUAAAGUCAUUAGGCUACAGUCCUCAAUGAGAUUUACUUCUAAGUAAACACACCUAGGUUCAGAGAUGUAGCUAAAGAAAAAUAUCAAAUUCAGAAAUACAAAUCCGUGAAUGGUGGGGGUUAAAACAUUAGCGAGGAGCAGACAAAAUAUUAAUAGAAUAAUAUAAGCAGCAGUGAGAGCAACAUUUAGGAAGGUUUUUGAACACCAGGGAAGCCGUCAGUGAUGGGAAGGGUGAGUCUCUCUCGGGAGAGAAUUUGAGAAUUUCUCCAUUUUCAUAGGACUAGAAACCAGGUGUUGAAAAAAGCAAAAAGCAAUCUUCGGGAACUGAAUGUGCCAGAUUUUGUGCACCUGGCUGCAAUCCCACAGACACAUACCUCUGGAUUACACGCAAACAUGUGUAUAUUUAUAGUGAUACUUAAUCCAUGAAGAUUUAGGUGUACUGGAAGAUAAAAUAACUGAUUAAUGACUUGCUUCUCCCUCCCUGAAUAUUUUCUUUCCCCUCAUUCUCACGUGAAUUCCUGCUGAUAUUGCAGCAGAUAA